AUGUUAUCGGAAUGGGUGGUAGAAAGAAGUCCGGAACGAUUUCCUGUUGGGAGUUUCCCCACGCAGAACGGGGCACAGCCCCUGGGCUUGGUUUUAGAAUAUCCAGAUUUAAGAAAGGGAGAGUGCGCUCGCAAGCACAAACAGGAAAGCCUGACAUCACGGAGAGGAGUGGGGAGGAGUCUGCUCCUCGCUCGCUCGCUCUCUUGCUGCGCUCCCUUUGUGGCCCGAGUCGCGCGCACUGGCGGCGGCGGGGCAGCGCGGCGCGUGUCUGUGCGCGGCGGGCUCGGGACCCGAAUCGGGACCGAGACCGGGAUCGGGACCGCGACCCGGGCAGCGGACCCCGCGGCCUUGGCGUCGGAGCAGAGCGCAUCAUGCAGCGAGCACGCACCGGACAGAAAACUGAGAAUGAAAUUGCUUUGGCAAGCUAAAAUGAGCUCGAUUCAGGACUGGGGUGAAGAGGUAGAGGAAGGAGCUGUUUACCAUGUCACCCUCAAAAGAGUCCAGAUUCAACAGGCUGCCAAUAAAGGAGCAAGAUGGCUAGGGGUUGAAGGGGACCAGCUGCCUCCAGGACACACAGUCAGUCAGUAUGAGACCUGUAAGAUCAGGACCAUAAAAGCUGGCACCUUGGAGAAGCUUGUGGAGAACUUGCUGACAGCUUUUGGGGACAAUGACUUCACCUAUAUCAGCAUUUUCUUGUCAACAUACAGAGGCUUUGCGUCCACUAAAGAAGUGCUGGAACUGCUGCUGGACAGGUAUGGAAACUUGACAGGACCAAACUGUGAAGAAGAUGGAGGCCAGACUUCAGCAGAGUCCAAGAUGGUAAUCAGGAAGUGA